AUGGAACUCAGUGCAAGCAAGGUCUCAAGCAGUGCAAUUGCAACCCAAAGCAGGACUACUCGUAUAUCACAUGACAUUAGCUCCAAGUCAAUGUUGCAUUGUAAACCCUAUCCUGCCACAAUGCAACAAAUCAAUCUUCAGCAGAUAAGGAAUGCACGUAUCUCCAACUCAAGAAUCUUUUCGUCUGAAGAGAGGCUUUGGGGGACGCAUGAAAAAUCAAUCCAUGUCACGGUCACUCAAAAAUCCUCUUUGCUAUGCCAAUCAAUGCGAACUCCAAGGGCUGAAGAAAAGGAACGCUGCCUGUCUUCUAAAGAUCGUUCCGACCAUUCCAAUGCGAGAAUUGGAGAAGAGGAACAACGUACAACUAUGGCUGGGAGAAGUAUCCAUUCAAAUCCAGGCCUAGCUGAAGCUUGUAAAUUUGUGCAAAAUGAUGCUAGAUAUGUAAACGAAAGGGCUCGUAAUGACAUCGUGUUGCUUUCACGGAGCAUAUUGAGCUUGGAUGCCCGAGCACGGAAAGAUGUUGCUAUUCUUGGAUCUGAGUUUCUCAAACUGGAUGCUCGGGCAAGGGAGGAUACUAAGAAAAUUGACAGUGGUGUGAAAAUGAAAGCAGAGCGUCUUCACCACAUCACAAGUAUCUUAAAGGACAGAGCUCAGUCCAGAUUGGAACGAGCUGCCACUAAGCACUGGAGUGAUGGUGCUCUGAAGAAUGAUCUGCGUCGAGCUGACUUUCGUGCGAAGCAGCGUGCCAUGGAAGAUGCCCUAAUGGCAUUGGAGUUUGUGCAAAACAUACAUGACCUAAUGGUUUCAAAGAUGCACAAACUUUCUUUGAGCAAGCAGAUAGGUCCAGUGGCUGAUGAUGAGACAAUGGAAUUUAUUACACUUGAGAAAAAUGGAAGUACAUCCGAUAUUUUCCCUGGAGAAGUAUCUUCUGAUCGUAUUGCUGCAAUACAGGAUGCUUACUUUAGCAUGGCGUCUGCACUCUCUGAAGCUGAUGGCAUAGACUACACUGAUCCUGAAGAGCUAGAACUUCUGAUCACUACCCUCAUUGAUCUUGAUGCCAUGGAUGGUAAAACUAGUGUGUCACUGUUAGCAGAAUGUUCAAGCUCCCCUGAUGCAGAAACUAGACGAGCAUUAGCCAAUGCAUUAGCAGCAGCUCCAUCGAUGUGGGCAUUGGGGAAUGCAGGGAUGGGAGCAUUGCAGAGACUGGCUGAAGAUAGAAACCCGGCAAUUGCAGCUGCAGCAUCCAAUGCAAUAUAUGAACUGAAAAAACAGUGGGAAAUAGAGGAAGGAGAUAAUUGGAGGUUUAUGGUGAACCUAAAACCUGCAGAUGCUGAUGAAGUAGAUAGCCAAGAAGACGAUCACGACAGCAAAAAUGCAGGCUGA